ACUCAUGCACUUACCACUCACGUACACAAUCACAUCUGCUAACAAAUUAUAGUAGUAGCACUUUUCGUCCCUCAGAAAGCAAGUGAUCAUCGAUCGGCUAUGGCGUCGGUUCGGGCCAAGUUGCUGAUGAUGUUCCUGGUGGCGCUUGUGGUGGCCCAGACCCAGGUGGGCGAGGUGCGAGCGCAGAGCUGCUCAACCCAGAUGGCCGGCCUCAACGUGUGUGCGCCAUUCGUGGUGCCUGGGACGAACAAAGGACCGAGCGCCGAGUGCUGUGGCGCGCUCCAGGUGGUGGAGCAUGACUGCCUCUGCAGCACUCUUAGGGUCGCCACCAGCCUUCCUUCGGCGUGCCACCUCCCUCCCGUCUCGUGUGAUUCAAUGUGAUGAAGACCUCGGUGACUGCUGAUCUGCUGGCUAAUGAGUUGAAUAAUAUGAUGAACUCCUUUUUUUCCAUCUUCCGUUUAUCUUUGUUCGAUACUUCCCGGCACGUUCAUCUGAAAACUCAGCAGAUGCCCUGUGGCCCAGAGAUGGGAUCACCUACCAUCCGAUGAAAUAAAAGAAUUCUUGUGAUCUUUCUUGCAA